AUGCAAUCAUGUCAUGACCCUUUCGAUGAAAGAUCAUCAUCCAUGAUGUCGAGUGCACUGUCAUCAUCAUCACCACCAUCGGAACACAAAAUGGAGGAUGAUGUUGCCAUUACGAACAGCAAGGAUCCAAGGUUUACUUUGGCCAAUGAGGAAGAAAUUACUCUAGAGGAUCUCUCCGCGGCAUGCCAUUCUUCGUCUGUGGAUAUUCAUACGAAUAAUAUUACAUCGUGGAAUCACAAACCUAUUAAUUUCAAUUUCCAAUCCCAUAUGAUAAACAAACACGCGCGAUUUACGGAUCCACUUCAAGUCAUUUCCAAAGAAGUAGAUACUGCUGUUCAAUUACUGCAUCGAUUACACCAACAUCGAUAUUUAUUGAAACAUUCGCUCUUAAAGCCUUUGAUGGAAGUUGGAAACCUUCUCUUUCAACCUUUGAGCGAAGAAGAAAAACUCAAACGAAGGAAAGAGAGAAGAAAGGCAGCGAAAAACAAGAGAAUUGAACAUGAUGAAAAGAUUUUACAAUCUACUGAAAUGAAAAAACGAAAACACGAAGAGUUAGCUGUUAUUAAAGAGCAACUCGAUCAGAAAAUGGAACACGAACAUUUCAUGUUGGAACAAACAGAGAAAGCCAUUGCAUUGGUAGAUUUUUCAGAACAACCCUUGAAACAAGUAAGAAAAGCUCGAAAAAUGUUUACGAAAAAACCUCCACAAGAUCAAAUUGAGGAAUUAAAUUCAUCAUCCGUGAUAGAUGCAUCGAAUUUGAGCUCUACUCCCACUCUGCAGGCAUUGCAACAUGUUGAUGAAAAAACUGAAACAAACAACACCACACAAGAAACACAAAGAGCAUCCGCAGAACCUUUAUUCUCUCAAAGAAAGUGUUAUCAAUGCAAAAAGUUGUAUAAUCAUGUCCAUUUCUUUUAUCACAAAAUGUGUCAAACAUGUGGUGAUUUUAAUUACAAAGCGAGAAAUGACACAUGCGAUCUUACAGGAAUGAUUGCCUUGAUAACUGGUGGAAGGGUAAAAAUUGAUGCUGCUAAGAGAUACAGCCAAGAGCCAGAUUUUAACACUUUCAAAACAAGACUUCAGAUCUACGGUUUGGAUUUAAAACAUAUUCCAAGUGUGUAUGCAUUUACUGAUUUUCUGAAACAAAAGCUUUCAAGAUUAGACAUUGUUAUCAACAAUGCUGCUCAAACAAUUAGAAGACCUUGCGCCUACUACAGACAUGUUUGUAAUGAUGAGUUGAGAGUCAGUUUUGACGAUUUAAGUGAUGGUAUCAAGCAAAUUCUUCCCACUGAUUUUCAUAUGAACAUUUCAUCAAUCCAACAUGCAGACACUGCUAUUAAGACGCUUUUGUCACCAGUGAGCGACAAAAUAUAUGCCUUGUCAAAUCAGAACUCUCAAUCAUUCACUGAUGAACAUCAUCAAAUUUCAAUCAGCCAAAACUCUUCCGUGAUGCCUAUGAGCUCAUUGAAGGCUCUCAACGAUUCUCAUAAUAUUUCAACGAGCUCUAUUGUGUCACAAAUUCCACUCCUUGAAGAAGAUCAUAUUUAUGACAGAGAAUCAUUCCCAUACUCUGUAAUGGAUAUUAAUAAGAGCCAAGUAGAUUUGAGGAAAACCAAUUCAUGGGUACAAAAUCUUGAGAGUGUUCCAUUUUAUGAAUUUCUGGAAGUCCAAACAAUUAAUGUAACAGCGCCUUUCAUUUUAACAUCACGUCUAAAAUCUCUAAUGACCAAGAUGCCUCACACCGACAAAUUCAUCAUUAACGUAAGCAGUAUGGAAGGCCAAUUUUAUAGAAAAAGUAAAUCCACCUUGCAUCCUCAUCUCAACAUGGCAAAGGCCUCUCUGAACAUGAUGACACGAACAUCUGCAGCCGAUUAUGCCAAAGACAAUAUUUAUAUGGUUUCUGUGGACACUGGAUGGAAUAACGAUGAGUCUCCUCUGAACAUUGAAAAUGUAAAACCGACAUACUUUUGUCCUCUCGAUGAGAUUGAUGGAGCUUCACGCAUACUCCAUCCCAUAAUUGCCUGCAAAAAGGAAGGAAAGAAAUAUUUUGGAGUUUUCUUAAAGAAUUAUGAACCGUAUUAUUGGUAA